CCCGGACAUGUGAGCGGUUGCACCGGUGCACAGGAUCGGUUUCGGCACGCCAUUGUGGAAAAUAGUUACAUUCAAAUUGCCAGACUCCUCGCUGUGAGCUAGCUGUCCUAGUUGAGUUAUCCUGAGUACAAUAACUACAGAAAAAACAAUGGCUACGGACUCCUGGGCGCAGGCAGUGGACGAACAAGAAGCCGCGGCGGAAUCGAUCGGUAACCUCCAAAUAAAAGAGAAACCAGAGGAAAAUGGUACCUCUGCAAAUGCAACAGACUCCAGCAGUGCAGCUGCAAAGUCAGAAGCAGAAGGAGAGAACAAGACUGCAGAGGACGAUGACAAUGAGGACAAAGCGGCUCAGUCAUUGCUGAACAAGCUGAUUCGGAAUAAUCUUGUCAAUACCACUAAUCAAGUGGAAGUUCUUCAAAAGGAUCCCAACUCUCCACUCUACUCUGUCAAGUCCUUUGAGGAGUUGCGACUGAAACCACAGUUGCUUCAGGGCGUGUACGGCAUGGGUUUCAACCGGCCAUCCAAAAUCCAGGAGACUGCCUUACCUAUGAUGUUAGCCGAACCUCCACAGAAUCUGAUUGCCCAGUCGCAGUCAGGAACAGGGAAAACCGCAGCCUUUGUCCUGGCCAUGCUCAGCCAUGUAGAUCCCAACAACAGAUAUCCUCAGUGCCUGUGUGUGUCACCCACCUACGAACUGGCACUUCAGACCGGCAAGGUGAUCGAGCAGAUGGGCAAACACUAUCCUGAGGUCAAAUUAGUCUACGCCAUCAGAGGAAACAAGUUGCAGCGAGGCAUGAAGCUACAGGAACAGAUAGUUAUUGGCACACCUGGUACCAUGCUGGACUGGUGCGGGAAGUUCAAGUUCAUAGACCCCAAGAAGAUCAGGGUGUUUGUGCUGGAUGAGGCUGACGUUAUGAUCGCCACACAGGGUCAUCAGGACCAGAGUAUCCGCAUCCAGAGGAUGCUGCCUAAAAACUGCCAGAUGUUGCUGUUCUCUGCCACAUUUGAAGAGUCGGUGUGGAACUUCGCCAAGCGCAUCGUGCCUGACCCCAACAUCAUCAAAUUGAAAAGAGAGGAAGAGACGCUGGAUACUAUCAAACAGUACUACGUGUUGUGCAACAGCAGGGAGGAGAAGUUCCAGGCCCUGUGUAACAUCUACGGCGCUAUCACCAUCGCGCAGGCCAUGAUCUUCUGCCAUACAAGGAAGACUGCAGGCUGGCUGGCAGGGGAGCUUUCCAGAGAGGGCCACCAGGUGGCGCUGCUCAGUGGAGAGAUGCAGGUGGAGCAGAGGGCGGCAGUCAUUGAGCGCUUCAGAGAUGGCAAGGAGAAGGUCCUGGUCACCACAAAUGUUUGUGCGCGAGGCAUUGAUGUCGAGCAGGUGUCCGUGGUGAUCAACUUUGACUUGCCAGUAGACAAGGAUGGUAACCCAGACAACGAGACAUACCUGCACAGGAUUGGCCGCACAGGUCGAUUCGGCAAGAGGGGACUGGCCAUCAACAUGGUGGACAGCAGGAUGAGCAUGAACAUCCUCAACAGGAUCCAGGAGCAUUUCAAUAAAAAAAUUGAAAAACUAGACACAGAUGAUCUGGAUGAAAUUGAGAAAAUCGCCAGCUAAGGAGAACUGCGUGAUGGCACGAAGGACACCAACUUCCCUUCCCCCUCUACGCUCUCCAAGGACUGUACGCUCCUACAGUGUUUUAUGCUUUUAAUUUUUUUUUUAGCCAUCGGAGAAAAGAGCAAAACCACAAACAGCAUAUGUUUACACGUAGAUAUGUCUUCUCUCAGACAAGUGUUUUGUAAGUCUCUGGAACAUACCCCAUUUCACUCUUUGUACUUCUUUGAAUAAAGUCUAUGAGUUUA